AUGACCGUCACUUGCUCAGGCACAGGUGUGGAGGUUUCACCCCGCUCAGAUGACAAAUGUGGGCUUGUCCUGGUUGGAGUUUGUGUAUCAGAGGUUGUUGCCCGAGCAGUUAUCUCUGUGCGGUGCCUUUUCUGGCUUAUCAAAGGCUCCCUUGAAGAAGCCGAUUCUGAGGCAUCGGGAUGCGACUACGGCGAAGAGAAGCGGACGGAUGACUCAUCAUCAAAGACUCAACUAAUUCGCCAUCGAAUUAUCGCACAGGUUCUGGAGUUGGGAAUUCUAGUACAUUCCAUGAUCAUAGGGAUUUCAUUGGGUGUAUCUAACUCUCCAUCAACCCUAAAACCUCUCUUGGUUGCCCUAAUUUUUCACCAGUUCCUCGAGGGCAUGGGACUCGGAGGAUGCAUUUCUCAGGCAAGGUUCAAGGUGAGAUCAAUGCUAACAAUGGGACUCUUCUUUUCUCUCACGACGUCGGCCGGGGUCGUGAUAGGCAUUGGAAUAUCGUCCGUUUACAAUGAGAAUAGUCCCUCGUCCUUGAUCACUCAAGGAAUACUAGAUUCUGUAGCUGCUGGAAUUUUGAUCUACAUGGCGCUUGUCGAUCUCCUUACUGCUGAUUUUAUGAACCCUAAAGUGCAGAGUAACGUAAAACUUCAGGUCAUGAUCAAUUUUGCCUUACUACUGGGAGCAAGAUUGAUGUCACUUCUUGCCAAGUGGGCUUAG